AACCUCCAAUGUAUACUAUAAAACCUAAAGAAAUGUAUCAGAAAAGUGUUAAUAAAGAAGUCAAAAUGCCAUGCGAAGGGAUUGGACAGCCUAAGCCUUCAAUAACGUGGAGAAAAGCUGAUGGCAAAAAACUUCCACGAGACAGAACUUUCAUCCGUGGUGGAAACAUCACCAUCCGUGGAUUGAGAAAAGAGGAUCAUGGACAGUAUGAAUGUGUCUUAGAAAAUGAAAUUGCCACUUUAGUUACUAGCACUCUUCUUCUUGUAGAAAGUAAGUAAAUGAAUAUUUUAUUGAUGAUAAUUUACAUAAACAAAGAAACAGUC